UUUAGCAUGUUUUUGGAUCAACUGGUUGGUUUACUAAAUGCUUCGUUUUCGCUACAAGAUGGCAGCCGUAUUUUAAAGAUUACAAAAAUGUCGCGCAACAAUGACACAAGCCAAGACACAAGCUACGAGGUCUCUAUUUCCACAUGAUAGUGCAAUAUCGCGAGCAAAAGCAUCAUGGCGCAAAGUCUUUUGAAAAUCGUGGCAACGCUUUGAAAUCGCGCCUCAACACAUUCAACCUGGAUGUUGCUUUAUUUCUGACCCCUCACGAAAAGGUGGAGACCGCAGACGAUUGAGUGGUCGAUCGUGACCUUAACAAAACUUCCUGCAAUCGCCAAAUUUAUGUCUUGUAAGUGGAACGAUCAUCCGGUUAGUAAUAAGGAUAAUUUCCAAGUGGUGAGCCAAAGGCCACAAAGUGCGCUGGGGCCAACUCUGACCUUAAACGCCAUCGGAUUGCCAGAAACGCACUCAUGGCUGGAAAAAGUUUGUGCGGAAAAGUCCACUACGACUGCGGAAAAGGUCAAAAAACCAGUCCCUAAGCGGAAACGAAUAAAUAAUGCUUCGCAAAGAAUGGCGGCUAAUUACCGAGAACGAAAGCGAAUGGUGAACCUGAAUGCAGCGUUUUCGCGACUGCAGCAUCACUUACCUGUGAAAUACACAGGCAAAAGGUUAUCCCGAAUUCAAACUCUCAGGUUAGCCAUUUCUUACAUCUUUCUGCUGACCCAACAGACAGAGCUAAUGAAGAAACAUUAGCUCGGCAUCUCGGCGCGGAAUUCGAAUUCAAAAGUAUGCUGGAAUAACAUUUGCUUCAAAUUUUUAGUUGCCGGAUAGUUAACCAAAUUAUGCAA